ACCACGGCUUUCUUGGAUUGACUACGCUUUUCGAUCCUUCGCCAGAGGACCACAGGGUAGACAUCGUGGCGAUAUCAGGCCUGGGGGGUCACGCGUUUGGAUCUUUCAGAGAACCAAAGGGCCAUCACAUGUGGCUACGCGACGCUCUACCCUACCACCUGCUUUGGGAACACACCAAUCAUCCUAUGGCUCGCGUCAUAACAUACGGUUACGAGUCUGAAGUUGUAAACAGCCGCAGCAUGCAAAACUUGGAGGACCUCGCCACGACAUUCCGCGACAGCCUCAAUACACUUACAUCUUCUCGGAAAGUCAGACCGUUGAUUUUCGUCGCACACAGCUUGGGAGGAUUGAUUGUGAAGCAGGCCCUUAUCACCGUUGCAAAUUCGGAAGCGGAUGACCAUCAUAAGCUUCUUCAAGCUGUGUACGGUGUGGUUUCUUUUGGAGUUCCUCAUGACGGCAUGGAAAUCAGGUCCCUUGUCUCAAUGGUUGGGGAUGGGCCGAAUCGCGAGCUUGUUGGAUCUCUCAACCAGAUCAACUCGCAAAUUCUCAGUAUACAACAACGAGACUUCCAUAGAGCACUAGGGGCUAAGGGUCAAACGGAGGUGUUCUGUUUUUAUGAAACUCAAGAUUCACCUACAGCCAAACAGGAUGAGGAUGGCACGUGGAGCAUGAGUGGAGAGAGGACAGUACUUGUCACGAAGUCUUCGGCUACUCACUGUCGGCCUUGGGAGGAUGGCCCGGAAAAUAUCUGUGCUAUCAACCGGUCGCAUCAGGGCAUGAUCAAGUUUGGGAUUGAGGACCAUGACUAUGAAUUGGUACGGGGAAAACUUGAGGGCCUGGCGCAACGGGCGCUUACCGUACAAAGCCGGCUGAGGGCUAACAAGACAAACUUUCUCGUACCAUACAACCAGAAUCCAGACUACAUUGGCCGCCUCGAGACAUUAGACACUAUCAAAGACACACUUGGCUACGGCAAGAACCAGACCACGCAGUACUCGAGAGUGUCGCUAUUUGGCCUUGGUGGAGUUGGGAAAACACAGGUUGCACUAGCAUUUUCCUAUUGGAUCAGAGACAACUGUUCGGACGUUUCUGUAUUCUGGGUUCAUUCCGCUAGUACAGACCGUUUUCGUCAGGCGUUUACGUCCAUAGCAGAAGAAUGCCGGAUCCCUGGACAUGACGACAGCAAGUCUGACGUGCCAAUGCUAGUUCGCAGAUGGCUAGAGAAGAAAGAGCGUGGCCGUUGGAUCAUGAUCAUCGACAACGCUGACGACAAAGAGCUUUUCUUUCCAUCAGAGACAGGAAGGGCCAACACGUCCAAAGAAACGAGUGCCCAAUCAUCGAGUCGGUUGAGCGAUUAUCUCCCAGAUUGCGCCCACGGAUCUAUCCUUAUUACGACCAGGGACAAGAGGGCCGCAUUGCGGUUUUCCCAGGGAAAGCCAUCCAUCAUUGAGAUUGAAAAAAUGAAUCAAAAUGAGACGGGACAGCUACUUCAAAGGACGCUAGGCAAGGAAGCCCCUCUCGAGGAGGUCUCAAGUCUUUCGGCCCGGCUCGAGUACCUCCCAUUAGCCCUCGUCCAGGCAGCUGCUUUUAUACAAGAGAACAGCAUUUCGAUCAGCGAGUACCUCCAACUUUUGGACGAGAGUGACGAGAAUCUGGUAGACCAGUUGAGCGAGCCAUUCACCACCGUCGGUCGAGACUCGGGUGUACCCAAUGAAGUCACAGCCACCUGGAUCGUUUCUUUCAAUCAAAUCCAACAACGGGACACCCUUGCUAGUCAGAUUCUAUCAUUCAUCUGUCUUCUGGACCGUCAAGCUAUUCCGAAAAAGAUUGUUACACAGUAUUGUAACCAGAGCCACGAAGGACCGCAACCUGGCAUAGGAGAAGUCACCAAAGCUUUGGGAACUCUCAAAGCAUUUUCAUUCGUCGCAGAAUCAAAGGACAACAUACUCGACUUGCAUCGUUUGAUUCAAUUGGUAACACGAAAGUGGCUCGUUAUGCGGGAUGAAUAUACCAAGUACUCGGAGUAUUCUAUGGAUGUUGUAUCCACGUUGUUUCCAUACGGAAAACACGAGACUCGACAAGAAUAGCUUCUCUCUUACAUUGUAUAGCGGGUUACUUU